CUUUGACCCAGCAUUGUUUUUUAAACAUCCCUAAACUGGACUGAAUUUGCUGCUCAACCACUUUCUCUUUAUCCUUUUUUUUUCUUUCUUUUCCUUUAGUUCCUCCUUAUGUCGUUUGUAAGUUUCACUUGAGUCUUUUGAAAAAAAAAAAUAUAAAAAACAAGGUUGAAGAGAGACCCUUUUCCACGAUCAUCUAAAAGGAGCUGCCCCCUCCCCUUGUUCUUUGCUCUUCUUUCUCAUAUCCAUUUGCUUAUGCAGUACCAUGUCAUCCCUUCCUCCUACUCAGCAUUCUCGCCAUCACCAUCCUCACCAGCACAACCACAAUAACCACAGCAACAGCAGCAAUAGCAGCAAUAGCCUCGUAUCGCAUCUUUCGACACGCUUUGUCCAUGCGGCGACCUACGCUCAAAUCACAAGACAGGAGGCCAUGGACGCCAUCCUGAAUAUCAUGGAAACACAACAUGAACACAAAGCCACCAAAGUGUUUGAUCUCUUGAUGGAUCAUCAACUAUUGGUGCCGUGCGAUCAGUACUACCAAGUCCACACGUCAACUUUAGCCGACCAAGGAGUCUUUGUACCACUGACGCGGUGCUAUUCCUCACGAUGCACUCCACAACAACCCUCAUGCUACUCGCCUUCAUGUCCAUACAAUGCCAAUUCCCUCGACAACAACAGCAGCGAUCACGACGAGCCCAACGUAAACAGCAGCUCAUCAUUGAUGCGGACAGACACCUUUAGCAGUAGCGACAGCAGCACCUACGCGAGUGUGGUGUUGCCGCCCAGUGACGACGGCAUGCCGGACCACUUGCCGCCCAAAGAACGUAAGCGCCAGGCAGCACUCGCCGAGAUUUUACUUUCAGAAAAACAAUACUGCCACGACCUCGACAUCUUGCGCACCAUCUACGCCGAGCCACUGCUACAACACCAUUCGCCUGCCAUCGAGCACACGCGACGGGAACGCUUCCACGACGUUGUGUUUGCAAAUUACAAGGUCAUCUACGCCAUACACGAACAAGGCUGCACCGAGCUUGCCAAAUUGCAAAAAAGUCAACCGCCCAUGUUUGACGCCGAAACGGGUGCUGGCAAUGUUGUUUUCCAGCACGUGUCGCGACUCAUGGAGCCCUACAGUCUGUACGCAGCCAACCAUGUCAAGGCAUGGUACAUUGUCCAACACGAACUCGCAAGCAGCUAUCCGUUUCGCGCCUAUGUUGACCAGCAGAACGCACAGGAAUGCACGCGACGGCUUGGCCUGCGCCAUUAUUUAACGCUGCCGACACUACGGAUGGGCAAAUAUCGACUGCUCGUCAAGGCUCUGUACAAAUACACAACCGACGAAGGCGAUUUGCUAAGCCUGCGCGCUGCAUUGGCUGAGCUCAAGGAUUUAUUGGCGCGCAUGAACGAGGUAACGAGACAGGCCGAGAUUGAGACACGACGACUGCAAAUCAUGACGUCGUUACGGAUCCCGGAGCAUAUCCCGACAACCUUGCAGCAGAUCGUGGACGACGAUGCAGUUCUUUUGCACGAGGGUCGGCUCUUGUUGGCCCGCUCUUCCCAUUCCUUUACUGCCACACCAUGCUAUGUCUUUCUAUUUACGCAUUUGCUCGUGGUCACGCGCCCGCGUGAUGACACGUACAUUGUUGCCGGGCCUCCGAUUCCUCUUCACAUGCUUCGGAUUGAAUUGCCUCGACGAGCACACAUACAACAACAACAACAGCAGCAGCAGCAGCAGCAACAGAGAAAACGGAUACGUCUCCAACAGUUGCAAGAGCAACACCAGGAAGUGUUGGCAGCAGCUCAACAGGAACAUUGGGUCGCAGAAGACAGCGUGACAGGACUUUACAUCCGGGCUCGUCUCCGACGCUUCCGACAAAGUUUCCAUCAGAAAACGGCCCCUGCCGAAAUCGCUGUUAAGCGAGUUCGAUCGCCGUCUCCACCUUCCACUACACAUGCCCGACGACGCACCCAUCGACUGCGGAUGCUCACAGUAAGUCACUUGGGCUAUCCAGAGUCAACUUACCAUUUUACAUGCCCGACGCUGGAGGAACGUGAGCGGUGGUGCGAGCGGCUGGUGACCGCAUCCCACAAUGCUCAAGGGGCCAUUGAGCAUAGAGCGCCCUUUGGAUUGAAUCCGUUGUGUGAAGUAGCUACCGGAUCAAGUCGGCAGUCUAUCAUGGUCGGAGGAAGUGCCAAGUUUCCUACAGGCUGUGGUCGGAUAUGGUGCACGCUUCCCUUUGUCAAUGAUGAAACGGGACAAGCCAUGUUGGCGCUAGGCACACAAUACGGUGUGUGGGUUGGGCCACGCGAUGGUGGAUCGCAAGACUUUUGGCUCGCAGUACCGCAUGACGACUGCCAGCAACUUGCCAUUCUCGACAAUUCAAUCCUGUUAGUCCGAGCCUACCAUCGACGCAACGCACUGAUAGCCUACGAUCUGAAAAUGAUAUGCCAACGCCUCGCCAUCCACCGACGCUGGGGCUUCGUGCGUCGAUCCGCAGUCACUUCAUUUGCUGUGGGUGUACUCGACAAAAAGACCGUCCUCUGCUACUUGACACGGAAACGACGGCAUCGACAUCAACGGUUAGUCAUUGUCCAGUAUAAACAAGCCGCCAGUUUUCGAAAGUUGAAAGAGUACCGACUCGAUGUCAAAGACGCGGUGCAUGUCCAGAUUGCACACAACACUGUAUUUUUACUAUCGCCCACACAAGGUGUUUGUCGCAUAUCCCAAGACGAACAUUGGAAGAAAUUGAAUAUCACCGAUAAGAGUAGCAACAGCAACACUAGCAGUAGUGGUACUACUAUUAGUAGUAGUAGUAGUAGUAGUAACUGUAACAAUAACGGCAACACACCCGUUGUUGUUAAUGGCUUUGUACCGUUUGCGACGCAUGGUGGUUAUGUCUAUGACUCUCGAACAGCCCAAUCCGUCAACUUUUUUCCAGAUCAUCAUCAUCAUCAGCAGCAGCAGCAGCAGCUACUACGCAUGCAAAUACAGGAUCGCAUCGAGUUUGAAAGUCGCGUGCAACGUGUAGCCAUUGUAUUUCCUUACCUAAUUGGAUUCUCGCACUCUGUGAUUGAAGUGCGACAUGUUGAAACGGUAAUAAGAUUGAUAUUGAGGGUUAAUUUUGGAGAUACUUACUACCACUAUUACUACUAUUGCUAAACGAAACAGGGCAAGGUGGUACAAGUGAUUGCUGGCUGCCACAUUCGCUGCGUCCACGUAUCACACGACGACAAUGAGUGUCCGACGAUCCAUGUAAGCAUGUUACAUCCAGAAGAACAUGUUACCCGAGUAUACAGUCUCAACCUCCUUCGGCGACCCCAUGUUGUAUAAUUCUCUUGUAAUAGCAAAUAAUAGAUAG